AUGAUGAAAUUUGUUACCUCGGACAACAGUUCGAUGGCAUCGUCGUCGUUGCGGCACGCAGAACAAUACGACAAUUGUUCGGAGCUGCUCAUCGAGUCAGAUGCCACCCCGCUGAAGGAGUUAGAUCCGGCCAUUUUGAGCUGCGGACUGCCGGCCAUCGUGUUCGGUGGUGGCGCGGGCGGCCUGGACCGUACGUCGGCCGCCGCCCCGACCAUCCUACGGUACACGUUUGCCCAGCUGCUGGCGUUCCGGAAGAUACCGCUGUCGCACCGUCGGCCGGUCGCCAUCGAUGAUCCGCGCACGGGACAGUAUCCGAUCUGGCAGCGCAACGGAUUCCGGCCUAGGGCAAGCGGAAGCGACGAGGAGCUGUACCACGCUGGUGGCUCCGGUGCCGGACGCAAACCGAACGACCGUCAUCGGGACAAUGGCUUCAAUCCGCCAAGAUUUCGACGUAAUCACGAGUUUAGCAACCGGAACCAUCACGUCAUUGUGAAGAGCUACAGUGCCGGCGACAGCCACCAGGUACGUCUGCAGGAUACGGUGAUUGAGGAGGAACCGGAAUGGGUCGUCGCUGGGCCGACGUCUCGGCUCGAUACGAUCGAGUUGCGUGGUUUCGAUGACGAUAUGACGCGCACCGUUACGGACACGAUCAAGGCUUCACCGACGGUUGCUGCUGCUGCGGCGGCGGGUCCUAGCCGAGCUCAGUCGUUUUACGAUGCUCUUAUGCAUUACGAGCAUGUGCAUCCGAAGCACGGUGCCAAGCACGACACAUCCGGCAGUGCCGAUGGUGAGAGUGUCUCCAACCCGAGCAGUUCGUCUCCGCCGGCUCGCAGCACACCGACGAAGCAUGUGACCGACCUGAACAACAACAGUCAUGCCGGUCCCCGAAAGGGUGGCAAGGGCGGUACUGCGGGCUCGUCCGGGCCCAGCGGAUCGUCCUCGUCGUCGGCAGCCGGCGUGAACGUUUCCAAUUUUGAGGAAUUCAUGAAGUUCGACUCGAUCCUGGGUGAUUCCGGUGACGGUGACAGUUCGCGUUUUAGUAAAUACUUCCGCCGUGGUGGAGCACCGGGAGCAGGCGAUUCUGGUCAGUACCAUCAUCGCCAACACCAUCCGGUGCAUGGUCAGCAUUCCGGUUCGGCGCCCCAUGUACGGUUUGCACUGGAUCGUAACACGCAACACCACUAUCAGCGUCAGCCAGGGUCCGGUCGCCUGUCGAUGGCUGCUUUGCAGAAUCUGCCGGGUGGUAUGGAGCGCAGCUCGCUACCGUACGACGCACCGGCACCCGGAGGCCACACUACCGACACCGAGGACGGUGGUUCGAAAUCUUUCCAACAUUUGGUCGACAUGAUUGCCGCUCAAAAUCAGCGCAUGCAGCAACAGCAGCAGCAACAGUACUUGCUGCAAUUGCUGCAAAACAGUCAGCAAUCGGAGUCACUGCGUCAGAUGCUGAUGAAAAAUUCACGGGACGCUGGUGUACCGGCCCCGCCGAAAGGACGCCCGCAGUCCGGUGGUGGCGCACAGCAACAGGGACCGGGGCGUGUACCGACCCAGCGUGAGCUUCAGCUCCACACGCAGUCCAUCAUGAAGAAUGCACUGUUGCGCAAGAAGAUCGUCGAACAGAGCCGCCUCAUACUGGAACAGCAAGAACCGAUUCCGGCCGUGCAGCAACUGAUCCGUUCAAUCUGCCCGAACGUGCAGCGCAGUCUGGCCGUUUUGGCGGCCGGCGCUAACAGCAGCAGUCAGCAGCAACAGCAGCAGCACAACAAUUUAUCUGGAGACGCCGGCUACGGAGCGCCUUUUGGCAGCGGAAAGCGCGGCCAAGCACGAGCUGCCGGUUCCAGUCGGCGUUACUAA